AUGUCAAAGAUUCCUAAACACAGAGAGUUUUCUACUGAUUCUGACCCUUUUAGAUUGGAAGACAAUUUCAUGACCGACGAGUCGAUGCCUCAUUAUGAUCCAAAUGCGCCAGAGGAUAAGUCAAUGCAAUCUAUGCCCAUGAUGAAUAUGGACAAGAAGAUUGAUGAAAUGAAGGACUUUACAACUGGUGUUAGUAGUUCAUUACACGACUACAAGAUGCCCAAGAUGGAAAACAAUUCCAAAAGUAUGCCCAAAGAGAAGCAUGAGGAGCCUGUUGAUGACCUCCUCAACUUUUUGGGAUAG